ACACUAACAUUUACACCUUUUCUAACUUCCGGUGUCCUUCAUUGGGAUUCACUAUUCUAUCAGACUAAUGCGGGAAAUGCAAAACAAAAUAGCUGAUAUAAACAAGUGGGUUUGAUAAUCAAAUUUCUUGCUAUGUGUUGUUAUCAAAGAUACAUUUUUCUUUGAUUUAACCCUAAUAAGUUUAUCAUAUGCAAUACUGGAAAUUUACAUUUUAAAAAUUGGGGGACCUACACGUAUAUAAAAUAACUCUUAAUUUUGCUCGUGGGUUUUGUUUAGCAUUUUCCUCUACAUCAAAAGCAAUGAGUAUUCAAUUUUCAACUAAAACAAUAAUGUUCACUAUUUUAAAUAUAUAUUUCUUAACAAAAAUUGCAACGGGAUAUAGGAUAGUUUGGGAUAAUGAUGUAGAAGUAGAUUUGAAUGAAAUUGAUGAAGAUUUACGUUCGGCAGAAAGAAGAAUACCGAAUUGGUUUUUUAUUUUUCCAGGAACAAAAUGGUGUGGAGCGGGUAAUAUAGCAGCCAACGAUACUGAUUUGGGAUUGCACAGAGAUACUGAUAAAUGUUGCCGAACUCAUGAUAAAUGCCCUGAUAUCAUUGAAGGUUAUCAAACAAAAUAUGGUUUAGAAAAUCCUUCAUUUUAUACCAGAUUAAACUGUGCAUGUGAUAAAGAGUUUUAUAAAUGCCUGAAAAGUGUAGGUUCAAAAAGCUCAAAGCAAGUUGGCUUCAUUUAUUUUACCGGGCUAGGAACUAAAUGCUACAGGCUUGAGCAUCCCAUUGUUAACUGUCAAAAAUUUGCACUUUUUCCGCGCAGAAAAUGUAUAGAAUAUAUUUUAAAUGAAAACCAGCCCAAGAAGUACCAGUGGUUUGAUGUUCCCAAUUUUUAACGUUUCUAAAAAUAACGUUAUGUUAAUAUAUUAUAAUAUACAUAAUUUUAAUUACAAAUUAUAAGUAAUAAUAAUGUCUUAGAUUAUAUUUAAAUAUUGCUUUUUGUACACUUUAAUAACUGUAUUUCUUUUAUACAAUGAUCAGAUUUUGUCAUGGCAAUUUUACAUUCACCAUAAGAUCAAGUAUGCUAAACGAUAUUUAGUCUGAAGACUUCACCAUUUUACGGACACAGAAAUAAAUAUCAUUUUAGUGAGAAUUUAUUAACAAACCACGUUUUUUAGGCAAUACGAUGUAAUAAAAGUAAUUGGUUACAGGAUAUUUUAAAGAAAACCUGUUAUAUAUAAAGCAUUGUUAACUUAUAAGAAUAAGACAAAGUUGUAAAUACAAGUGAUCAUCAACAUUGACAUGUUACAGAUUAGUAUUUUUUCUAGUCAAAUAUAUGUAAUAAUAAUAUAUUGUUUU